AUGCUGAAGAACAACGGCAGCUACGAGAGAGAUGUUCAGCAAAGAUGCGCUAAGGCCACUUCUGCAUUUAACUACUUAACGAAAUGCCUGUGGUUGACCCCCAUCACCAACGAAGUCAAGUUGCUAGUCUACCUAUCCGCAAUUCGCCCUAUCAUGAUGUACGGAUCGGAGAGUUGGGCAGCACCAUUUACAGUGCUGGACAGACUAGACUGCACGGAAAGAAAGCUGCUUAGACGGCUACUUGGCUACUUUUGGCAUAGGGUGUGCCACAAUGAAGAGCUUUACGCAGAGGUCGAUGUGGUUUACCGACACGUGGAAGUUACCAACAUCUUACACUGCCAUCGAAAGCGGCUACAGAAAAUCGUAUUCGCUUAUUUGAUCAUACAUUAA